AUGGUAGAUGUCACGAACAGAAAUGAAGACGAAGGUGGGAAGUCAUCCUCCAUGAUCACGCGAUUCAAAACCAGCUACUCCGCUGGCGGAAAGCCCUUUGCCUACAUUCGUCUUCUCUUCUCCCUCGACUACACCAAAACCGACGUCCUACUUAUCAUCUGCGGCGUAUUUUUCUCGAUUGCGGCUGGCCUUCCAUUUCCCCUUCUUGGGAUAGUGUUUGGUGAUUUGAUCAAUGAUCUCAACACAGCCACUUGUUCCGCUUCUUCACAAGCAAAUCCCGACGUUUCAGGAAGCGUGAGGCAAAAAGUGCUUUAUGUCAUCUAUAUCACAAUCGCCAAUUUUUGCUUCAUCUACAUCCACUGCGGAUGCUGGAGUUAUACCAGUGAACGAAUCGCUCGGCGGUAUCGGAGGCGAUACUUUGAAAGCAUUAUCAAGCAAGAGACUGGCUUUAUCGAGGCCAUGCGAGCCGGUGAUGUGGCUGCGAGACUGGUUGGAGAUAUCCAAGUCGUGCAAGCCGGGACUUCUGAGAAAGUCGGACUUGUCAUCAGCACCCUGUCCUACUUCGUGACCGCAUACAUCGUGGCCUUUAUAAAAGUGCCGCAGAUUGCCGGGAUGCUUGUAUCUGUUGUGCCCUGCUUUUUCUUCAUGUCACUUGUCGGCGGGCACUACAUUAAAAAGUAUGCCAGCCAAAUUGAUGAGCAUGUGGGUGCAGCGACAUCGCUUGCUUCUUCAAGCUUGUCGCAUCUACCUCUAGUGCACGCCUUCAGCUCAAAUGAACGCCUGGAAAUGCUUUACGCAAAAUACCUCUCACAGUCAAAAUCUCCGGCAUUCAAAAAGGCCGCCACCCACGCUGCUCAGCUUGGACUUUUAUACUUCAUCGCGUAUUCCGCGAAUGCCUUGUCAUUCUGGGAAGGCUCACGGUUGAUUGCUGAUGCCGUUAAAAAUGGCGGCAAGGGGACCUCUGUUGGUGCUGUGUACACGGUGAUCUUCGUCCUGAUUGACGCCUCCUUCAUUCUCAGUCAGGUUGCUCCAUUUUUGCACGUCUUUGCGGCGGCAGCGGGGGCGUCCGAGAAGCUGAUGGCGGUCAUCAACCGUGACUCCAAGAUUGAUGGAACAGCUGACGGCGGAGACCGAUUCGCGCUCUUUGGCACCGAAGACAUCAUCUUUCAUGACGUGCAUUUCAAAUAUCCAUCUCGUCCUGACGCCCCCGUCUUGCAGGGUGUCAAUUUGACGAUUCCGCCUCGCAAACACACCGCCAUUGUGGGGCCAUCUGGAGGAGGUAAAUCUACUGUCGUUGCUCUUCUUGAACGAUUUUUUGAUCCUGAUGCGGGUGAAAUCACCAUCUCCAAUCAGGUCUUCCCAAGAUUGAAUGUUCAAUAUCUUCGUGGGAGCAUUGGAUACGUUCAACAGGAGCCGUCUCUGCUCAACCGAAGCAUUUUGGAGAACAUUGCGUAUGGUCUUUUGACAUCUGGAAAUGAGAAGCACCGACAAUGGUCACCGUUCAUCCUCAACUCAUCUUUGGAAAACAUAGUCAACGAUAUACGCCAAGGCAUUUCCGAAACGGAAGCGCUAGAGAAAGCUGAUCCCGAAAUUGCCUCUCUCGUCGCACAGGUCCGACAAGCGGCUGCGGACGCCAAUGCCCUGAACUUUAUCGAUGCUCUCCCGUAUGGACUCGCAACCCAGGUUGGCUCCUCUGGAAGUCAGAUGAGCGGUGGUCAAAAGCAACGCAUUGCACUCGCCCGGGCUCUUGUACGCGAACCAGCCCUGCUUAUUCUGGACGAGGCCACUGCCGCCUUGGAUUCGACGAGUGAGAAGUUGAUUCAAGAUGCGCUCGCUAAACUUGCUGGGCGUAUCACCAUGGUGUCUAUUGCGCAUCGUUUAGCGACAGCCAAAGAUGCCGACAAGAUCGUUUUCAUGAGCAAAGGCACAGUGAUCGAAGAGGGCAGCCAUUCCGAACUUCUUAGCCGGGGCGGUCCUUACUCUGAGAUGGUUCGACUCCAGAAUCUCCACAAGUUGAGCCCAACAAUUAUCUCACCAGAAGAGAGCAUUCUCGAAGCCCAUGGACGCAUGAUGGACGAUCGGGAAAGUCUGACUGAAGUUGAGGAGAAAUUGACUGGCGUGAACGUUAUUCAACAAAUCAAAGACGGCAGCUCCCCGUCGUCUGCAUCGACUUUGAGUGAAGACACUCCGAAGCAGGAACGAGGAAUUAUUUCUUCCAACAAUGUGAAAAAAUCUGGCAACAAGACCCGCAACAAACGGUUCACGACCCGACUCACCAUUGGCUUACUUCGCCCAAAUUUGGGAUACGUACUGCUUGGACUUGCUAUGUCCGUUGUGAUCGGUGGGAGCUAUACCGCGGAAGCGGUCAUAUUUGGCCAUACUAUUGGCACUUUGAACCCAUGUGUAGGUGCAGAUGGAAUCAGACAUGGCGGUCACCUCUAUGGGCUCCUCUUUUUCAUCAUGGCACUGGUGGAGUUUUUUGCAAACGUGAUUGGCGGCUGUGCAUUUGGAUGGGCAGCUGACAAAAUUCUCUAUCGCAUUCGCGUUUCGUCGUUGAAGUCGCUUCUAAGUCAGACCGUUCAGUGGCACGGUAUGGACGACAGGACUCCUGCAACACUCAUCACAUACAUCACUGGCGAUGCCACCGCUUUGAGUAGCAUUACGGGUACUACGAUUGGCCUGCUUCUAGCUACAGCAGUGAACUUGGUUGCGGGGCUCGUUGUAUCCUUCGCCAUUGCCUGGAAGAUAGCCAUUGUUCUGCUCCCUACGAUUCCUGUGUUGCUCAUUUCAGGAAUGAUGAAGCUUCGAACCCAAGCGAAGUUCGCAGAACGCCAUGAAAAGGCCUUCACACAAGCAACUGCCUUGACCGUAGAAGCAGUCGAUAGUAUUCGAACUGUCUCUGCGUUUUCACUAGAAAAGCAGUGCUGCACGCUCUACGAACGUGCUCUGGAGGCGCCUUACAAAGAAACCCUGUGGUCGAUCGCUUUUGGCAACUUCUUCCUCGCUUUGGCUUUCAGUAUCAGCAAUCUAGUCUACGCCUUGGCAUACUGGUGGGGGACGAAGCAGAUUGUCGAAGGUCUUUACUCGCAAACUCAGUUUUUCAUCGUGCUGCCGGCGCUCCUGUUCAGCUCGCAGUCUUGUGGUCAGAUGUUUGCUCUGGCACCCGAUAUUUCCAAGGCAAAUCUGGCAGCGUCGAAUAUUGCAGAGCUCUUGACAACACAUUCCGCCGAUGAUGAACUGAAUCUCGACACCUCCUCUAGCUCCAAGGAUCAUUCCAGCCACCUCCACGAGAAGACUGUUGACGUUGAAGAGGGUCAGUCUGGCUUUGUCGAUUCUUUGACGUCAGGAACACCCCUGCCGAUGAAUGGAAUUGGAGCAGAAUUGCAAAACGUUUAUUUUGAAUAUCCUUCCCGCCCUGGACGACCGGUCCUACGGGGACUCAGCCUGAAUAUUCAACCGGGCAAAUUCUAUGCUCUGGUCGGCCCGAGUGGUUCCGGAAAGUCCACCACCUUCGCUAUGCUGGAACGAUUUUAUCGUCCAGAAUCUGGCUCGGUCAUUAUCGAUGGUGUCAAUAUCACCCGCCAGAUCGGCACACAGUUCCGGGACAAUAUUGCGCUCGUCCCUCAAGAGAACGUGCUGUUUGAAGGAACGAUUGCUUUCAAUAUAGGUCUUGGUGCACGACCAGGCCAUCAUCCCUCACAACAAGAGAUUGAAGAGGCAUGCCGAAUGGCUAACAUACACGAGGUCAUCGAGGCUCUUCCAGACGGGUACGAGACAUAUUGUACACAUGAUGGAAAACAAUUCUCGGGUGGCCAACGACAGCGCUUGUCAAUUGCACGAGCCUUGGUUCGGCGACCUCGAAUGUUGCUUUUGGACGAGUCGACCAGUGCACUUGACGUCGAGUCGGAGAAGAAGAUUCAGGAUGCACUCAAUACAUUGGCCGGUCGCACAACGAUCGUUGCAAUCGCCCAUCGACUCAAUACUAUCCAUCGGGCGGAUUGUAUUUUCUUCAUUGAGGAAGGACGAUGUGUUGCGCACGGCACACAUGACGAACUCGUUCAACGGAAUGAGACUUAUCGGACGAGUGUCUUGCAUCAGUCUCUGGAGACGUGA